AUGCUUGACUGGAAGGAUAAUUCGUUCAUGUCGGACUGGGACACGAAAUAUGUUUCCACCAACAUCAAACCCAGCGCACGGAAAUAUGAUAGAGAUCUUUUACUAGGCCUCAAUUCAACGUUAGCUACAUCUCACCCUGAGAUUAAAUCUUUCAGUCAUGCGAUUAUCGCUGCUGCAUGUUGCGCCGUCAAUCGUGCAGAUGUUGUGGGACGUUUUUUUGAUGACAUCUCUUUCGAUUCGACACCCGAAGAAUCUGAGAAGUUAUUUCUCUGCCUGAGAGAGGCUAUCACCAUUGUUUUCCCUUACCUGGGAAUGCCAACUUGCAUCCCUGCAUGUUACGGCAUGAUUGGCGUUGUGCAGCGAAAGGGUACCGAGUAUGCCUCUACCAAAGUUCUGCGGAAGACGACAGUCGACGAGGAAGACGUCAAAAAGGGCACUGAGCUUAAGAGCCGCAUAUACAGCGGUGUUGGAAAUUCAGGCAUCUUCAUUCUGAUGGACAAGUAUUUUACAGAUUUAUUCACAUGUUCAACCGUUGUGACAUGGGGUUAUCUUAUCUCAAAGGCAAAUGAAGAGGUCUUUGAACCAAAUCAGUCGCAUUUGAUCAUUGCGGCCACCAUAACUGCGUUGGGAGCGACUCGACAAACGAAGAGUCAUAUUAAGGCGACUUUGGGAAUAGGAAACUCAGUCUCUUGCGUUAAGACUGUGUUGGAUGUCGUGAAGAAGAUUGCAGAGUGGGCUGAUCAUCCCAUUGGGAACUUUGAUGUAGAUGCACUAUCCGAGGAGAUCCAAAAUGCACUGAAGAAAUAA